AUGGAUGAACCCAGCACAGUGGCUGAAAACGGAAGAACAGUAAGCCAGCAACGCUCGCAGACUGUCCUGGAGGACAACACUGUUAAUGCAGACAUGCUGUCACUGUUUCAGAUGUCAACCCUGAUUGUCCUCAGGGCUUUUGGCCUUGGGCAACUAACAUUGGAGCAACCUGAAGUGUCAGUUACUGGAACAAGAGAAAAGAGUGCAAUUGUGUCUUGCAAGGUGUCCUCUAAGGACUUCAGCAAAGAUUACAUCCACUGGUACCGGCAAAAACCAGAUCAGGGUUUAGAACAGCUACUAUACGUCUCAACAGCCCCUGCGCAAAGUCACUUAGGAGGGACGAAAAACAAGCUUGAGGCCAAAAAUGAUGUUUCCUCUUCCACUUCUACCUUGAAAAUAAGUUUCUUAGAGAAAGACGAUGAGGCCAUGUACUACUGUGCCGGCUGGGUAAGCUCCAAUCAUUGUGACAGUUCAAUCUGGAUCAAGGUAUUUGGUGAAGGAACUAAGGUCGUAGUAAUACCUCCUGAUAGAAGGCUUGAUGGAGACUUGUUUCCCAAGCCCACUAUAUUUUUCCCUUCAGUUGAGGAAGUAAAACUCCAUAUGGCUGGAACACAUCUUUGCCUUCUUCAGAAAUUUUUCCCUGAUGCUAUUAAGGUACAAUGGAAAGAAAAGAAUGGCAAUACAAUUCUGGAAUCCCAACAGGGAGAUAUCAUCAAGACCAAUGACACAUACAUGAAAUUCAGCUGGCUGACCUUGACUAAAAAGGCAAUGGAUAAAGAACAUGUAUGUAUUGUCAAACACGAGAAUAACAAAGGUGGACGUGAUCAAGAGAUUCUUUUUUCUUCAGUUAACAAAGUUGUCGCUACUACUAAACCUCCAAAUGAUGGUUUGAAGGAUAAAAGUGAUAGAAACCUUGCUACAGACAUUUCACCCAAGCCCACUAUUUUUCUUCCUUCAAUUGCUGAAAUCAACCACAGUAAGACUGGAACAUAUCUUUCUCUUCUGGAGAAAUUUUUCCCUGAUAUUAUUGAGGUUUACUGGAAAGAAAAGGAUGGCAACAGAGCUCUGCCAUCCCAGAAGGGAAAUACCAUGAAGACCACUGACACAUACAUGAAGUUCAGCUGGCUGACUGUGGCUGAAAACUCCAUGGAUAAAGAACAUAUAUGUGUCGUCAAACAUGAGAGAAAUAUAGGAGGAAUUAAUCAAGAGAUUCUUUUUCCUUCAAUAAAUGAAGAAGUUACCGGUACUGGUUCUAAAAAAGAUUGUCUGAAAGAUGAAAGUGAAGUCACUGCUGAUCAUAAUUCUACAAAAGUGUGUCUGAAAGAUGAAAGCAAUACCCUGCAGCUGCAGCUCAUGAACACCUCUGCCUAUUACACCUACCUCCUUCUCCUCCUCAAGAGUGCAGUCUACUUUAUCAUCACCACCUCCUGUGUGUUUCGGAGAACAGGCGUCUGCUGUGACGGGAAGAACUUGUGA